UCGGAUAGUUUUGUGUAGUUUGGGGUUCGGUAUAGUCGGCUAUCUUCCGUUGGUUUGGUAGCGUUUUAUAACAAUAGUGAAGCCUUGUACAGUGCGCGUCAGGUCGGUCCGUUCUGCGCGGGUUCAUUUCAGUUCGAGAAAUGCUCAGGAAAAUUUGACAGAGAAAACUGAACCUCUCUCCACCCAACCUUCGGAGGAAAGUGGAUUUCAAAUCAUAUCAGCCGCGUGCGUAAACUGGAAAUAAUUCGGCAUCGAUUUGGCACGCGCCCCGAUUUCCACUGAAGGUGGCUACUUUGAAUAGAAGACUCGUCGCCAUUAUAGGCCAUUUUAAACUGCGAAACUGGACAUGAUGAAACAAACUCCACCACAGAGGGAGCAGCCAUGUUCAAACCAGGGAGGCCUGUGGGACUCGGUGAAGAAGGCUGCCUUCAUCAUCGGCUCAGGACUCUUCUUCCUCGUGGCAUUCCGCAACUCUGUCAUGUGGCACCUGCAGAGCUUCUGGGGUGCGUCGGGAGACUUCUGGCAGACCACAUGGAGUAAACUGCUGCUGUACUUUGAAGGACGCGAGGCCACACUCUUCUUCCUGGGCACGAUGCUGGUCCCGACGGCUAGCUUCUGGCUGCUGAAUGGUCUGUUCAUGAUAGCUGACUCCACUGGCAAGCCAAGCUUCAUCACUCGCUAUCGCAUCCAGCAGGACAAGAACAGCCCGGUGGACCCCGAGCGUCUGCGCCACGCGAUUAAGGUGGUGGCGUGGAACCAGGUGUUCCUGUCGGGGCCGCUGGUGGUGGGCACCUACCUGCUGAUGAAGGCCACAGGGGAGCCCAUGCACCCUCAGCUGCCCCUCUUCCACUGGGUCCUGCUGGAGCUCGGCCUCUGUGGACUCAUGGAGGAGAUCAUGUUCUACUACUCACACAGGCUGUUCCACCAUCCUGCUAUUUAUAAGCACUUCCACAAGAUCCAUCACGAGUGGACGGCUCCUGUCGGGGUGGUCGCCCUUUACGCACAUCCCAUUGAACAUGUGUUGUCCAACAUGGUGCCUGCUCUGCUGGGGCCCGUCCUGCUGCGUUCCCACCUGAGCACCACGGUGCUGUGGUACACUGUGGCCCUCCUCAUCACCACCAUCUCCCACUGUGGAUACCACCUGCCCCUGCUCCCAUCGCCCGAGUUCCACGACUUCCACCACCUCAAGUUCAACCAGUGCUAUGGUGUGCUGGGUGUGUUGGAUCGUCUCCAUGGCACCGAUGACAAGUUCCGCCAGACCAAAGCCUACGAGAGACACACCCUCCUACUCAGCCUCACACCCCUCACACAGACCAUACCAGAGCCUCCCAAGAAGUCACAGUGAACACACACACACACACACACACACACACACACACACACACACACACACACACACACACACACACACACACACACACACACACACACACACACACACACACACACACACACACACACACACACACACACACACAUCUUUUGCAGUAUUAGACCAGCUUCUUUUGGACCAGUUUUGUGUUUUACAAUUGAUUAGAACUUAUAUGUUCUCCAUUUUCAAUUUUCAAUGUUUGUGUACAGGCAUGCGAUGCAACCAGCAAGCAGUCAUCAACACACACACACACACACACACACACACACACACACACACACACACACACACACACACACACACACACACACACACACACACACACACACACACACACACACUUACAUGUGGGCUGAAAGAUGGCAUUUCAGUGGAGUGCAAUAGUUAAUUUUAGAAUGUUUUAAUGGCAUUAUGCACCAAAUAGCACUUUCUACCUGUCAACUCUUUUAAUUUUCCUCUUGCGGGUCACACUACCGUUCUUAGUACUUGAUGGGACAGAGGCUUUAUUUUUAUUUUUUAAUUCUUAUUUCAAAUUGCACUUCAAAGAGUUUGUACAGUAGAGUGCCUGGAUGAUUUCAGGAAAUUUUAGUAAGAGGAUGAUUACAGUCAAGUACAGGGUUUCUGUGGUAAUAGUUCUGUGAAAGAUUUUUGAACAGCAAAUGUAAAUGUUUUGUAAUGUUGAACAUUAACUUGUGAUUAAAAAUAUCUACAUAAA